AUGGUCAGGGAUUUAUAUCCGAAUUUGAUGUGCGGCCUUAAAUGGAUUCAUGCUGGUUCACUGAAUAUGACAACCUAUGGCACUAUACCAUCCCAAGCAAAUGCCUCGUCGAACCUGAGCUUAUUGGGACGAGCCAAAGAGGUGAUCUCGUUAGGCCUUAGCUCUCAAAGGCCAUGGCUUGAACUUGUGCAAUGUAAUGCCUUUAGCCUUCCUAUCUCAUUUAGUGUUGCUACCGAACGAAUCAAAACCAACAUCAUGAUCUUCCGAACCAACUACAGUGUCAUCUUCAUUGUUACUAUCUUGAUCAGCAUGCUCUGGCAACCGGUCCACCUCUCUUUCUUCUUUAUCUUGAUAUUUGCAUGGCUAUAUGUCUACUCCCGGGAUAAUGUUCCAUUGAUGAUAUUUGGCAGUGUGAUCGAUGAUUCUACUUUGGUGCUGGUUUUAUUGGUCUUCACGAUCGGUGUAUUUAUAUUGACCAACAUAUCCCACAGUAUUCUGUUUGGGGUUUUGGCUGGUUUGCCCGUUGUUCUGGUUCAUGGCAUGUGUAGGAAUACAGAGCCAUUGUUCGUGUUGGAAGAUGAUGAAGAGAAGGUGACCAUGAGCGUAGCAUCUUCGUCGCUUUCUUCUUCCUCUUAA